UUCUUCUUCUAGUGGAUGCAGGUGGAAGAUGCGUCAAAGCCCCGAGAAGCAGUCAGAAGCAUCCACCAGAGCCAGGGCGGCGGAACUUUCACAAUAAAAGCCCAGGCGGUUACAUAUCAGCGGAGGGGGUUUUAAUUUGAAGAGAAGACUCUGAAGCUGCAUUUUCCCCCUUCUCGCUGGGUUGACAACAGGGAUGCAGGUGGAGCGACUCGGCCAGGACUGUUCACAUCUGUCUUAAAGGAGAGAGGGGGGGAGGAAACCUGCUUUCUGUUCUGCUCAACGCUCUGGAUAAAAAAAAAUUAAAAAACAAAAAGAAACACAGAAGCGGAAACUGCACCCAGGCUAUAUCCAGGGAUUUUUUUUUACAAACCUCUUCAAGUCUGGAGAAUAGUAUCGGAGGGAUUGCCGCAAAACACAAAUCCCCACCUGCCACCAUAAUGAAGGGACCCAUACCUGAGUAAAACAUCAUGUUCCAUACGUUUCUGGCGAAGAAUGGGUGUAUGCUGAAACCAUGAAGGCAUCGCAUGCUCUAUCAGACACCAGCUAGCUCUAAUACCCGUCUACUCCACAGCUCCCUCUCUUUUGCUCAUUUUCUUCUGCUUGCACCCCCCUUAAAGAAAGAUCACAAUCGGAUAACUCUUCCCCCAAGCUUUUGGCAGCGGCUCACAUUUCCUGGAAAUUGCACCGAGAUCUGGAUUCUAGAGACAAAGAUUCUAUUUUCGGUCCAGGGGAGACCGAAGGCUUUUGAAGAAACGCCUGUGUUGAAAUUAUCAUAUCCCCCCCUCUUUUACUCUCCCGCUAUUCCUCAUUCCUUUCCUCCAAGUCCCAGAGGCACCAACUGAUGGAGAGACGAAGGAGAGAGUCAGGAUAAGGACAAGAAUUAGAGCAUCAGAGAGAAGGGGAAAUAACUGCUGAUUCGUCAGGAAAAUUGUAGUAGGGCCACUGUGAGGAUUACUAUCCCCAGUUAGCUUUAUAUCCCAGUUGUUCAGUGUUACAUAAUAAUUGCUGUUUACAUCUGAAAUCUGUUAGCUACAGUGAAGACAUUACCUCUGUGGUUCACUACACCUAUAAGACAUAAAGUAGAGAAGGGGAAACUUGAGGAUGACAAGGGGGUUAAGAUUCCUCUGUUGGCCCCUGUGGCCUCUGGCCCUCUCCAGCCUGCUCAGUACAGUGAAGAUGCUGGAAUUCGGUGGAGCACCUGGCCAAUGGGCACGCUACGGCCGCUGGGAAGCAGGAUCAGUGGGCGAGCUAAGCUUCAGUCUCAAGACCAACAUUAGCAAAGCCUUGGUACUCUACCUGGACGACGGCGGCAACUGUGACUUCUUGGAGCUCCUGAUUGCCGGCGGGCGCCUCCAGCUGCGCUUUGCCAUCCACUGCGCCGAGCCGGCCACUUUGCACAUGGAGACUAGGGUGAACGACGACCGCUGGCACAUGGUCUUGCUCACCCGCAACUUUCGAGAGACCCUCCUGAUGGUGGAUGGAGAGACAAAAGUGGCCGAGGUGAAGUCCAAGAGGAAGGAGAUGGCGGUGGUCAGCGACCUGUUUGUGGGCGGGAUCCCGCCUGAUGUGCGCCUGUCUGCGCUGACGUCCAGUACAGUGAAGUAUGAGCCACCCUUCCAGGGCUUGAUCUCAAAUCUCAAGGUCGGGGAGAUGCCUCCUACUUUGUUAAACAGCCAGGGCAUUCAGAGCGACCUGGAGUACCUGUGCACCAAACAGAACCCGUGCUUCAAUGGAGGGUUUUGCUCUAUUCAGUAUGGAGAAGUUCACUGUGACUGCACCCACACCCGCUUCAAGGGGAAGUACUGCAAGGAAGCUGAAGAGUAUGCUGUUGAAGGUCUGGCGCACCUGACGUUAAACGACCAAGGUGACUCAUCUCAAGCCGGUAAGGAAGAGUCAGUGGCCACCUUCAAGGGCAACGAGUUCUUCUGCUACGACCUGUCGCUGACGCCCAUCCAGAGCAGCACCGACGAGAUCACGCUCUCUUUCCGCACGCUGCAACGCAACGGCCUCAUGCUGCACACUGGGAAGUCGGCCGACUACGUAAACCUUUCGUUGAAGAGCGGCGCCGUCUGGCUGGUCAUCAACCUGGGCUCGGGGGCUUUCGAAGCCCUGGUGGAGCCCGUGAACGGCAAGUUCAACGACAACGCCUGGCAUGAUGUGCGCGUCACCCGCAACCUGCGCCAGCACGCAGGCAUUGGACACGCUAUGGUGACCAUCUCAGUGGAUGGUAUAUUGACCACCACUGGUUACACCCAGGAGGAUUACACCAUGUUGGGCUCCGAUGACUUCUUCUACAUCGGAGGGAGCCCCAACACCGCCGACCUGCCCGGAUCACCAGUCAGCAACAACUUCAUGGGCUGCCUGAAAGAUGUGGUGUACAAGAACAAUGACUUCAAGCUGGAGCUGUCACGCCUGGCCAUCGAGCGCGACCCUAAAAUCACCCUGAACGGUGACCUGGUGUUCCGCUGCGAGGACGUGGCGGCCCUGGACCCCGUUACUUUCGAGACCCCCGAGUCUUACAUCUCCCUGCCCAAGUGGAACACCAAGAAGACGGGCUCUAUCUCCUUUGACUUCCGCACCACGGAGCCCAGCGGCCUCCUGCUGUUCAGCCACGGCCGCCCUCAGAGUCCCAAAGAGCAGAAGCCCGGCAGGGAGCUGAAGACUGAUUACUUUGCCAUGGAGCUGCUGGACGGGUAUUUGUACCUGCUGAUCGAUAUGGGCUCGGGAAAAACAAAGCUGAAGGCCAGCAACAAGAAGGUCAAUGAUGGUGAAUGGUGCCAUGUGGAUUUCCAGAGGGAAGGGAGGAAAGGAUCUAUCUCAGUUAACAGCCGCAGCAUGCCCUUCAGCUCCCCAGAGGGCAGUGAAAUCCUGGACCUGGACAGUGACAUGUACCUGGGCGGGCUGCCUGAGUCUAAGUCGGACCUCGUCCUGCCGCCAGAAGUUUGGACGGCGCUACUAAACUACGGCUACGUAGGCUGCGUCCGCGAUCUCUUCAUCGACGGCAAGAGCCGCGACGUCCGCCGUCUGGCCGAGAUCCAGAGCGCUCUAGGUGUCAGCAGCUUCUGCACCCGCGAGCUGCAGAAGCGCUGCAGCAGUGCUCCCUGUGGCAACGCAGGUCUGUGCAAGGAGGGCUGGAACCGCUACAUUUGUGACUGCAUCGGCACCGGAUACCUGGGUACCAACUGUGAGAUAGAGGCGACGGUGCUGAGUUAUGACGGCAGCAUGUACCUGAAGAUCAUCAUGCCGGUCACCAUGCACACGGAGGCCGAGGACGUGGCGCUGCGGUUCAUGUCCCAGCGGGCGUACGGCCUGCUCAUGGCCACCACCUCCAAGGAGUCGGCGGACACCCUGCGACUGGAGCUCGACGGAGGGCGAGUCAAGCUCACCGUGAACCUCGAUUGUAUCAGGAUAGACUGUAGCCUCAGCAAAGGACCUGAGAUACUGUUCGCGGGGCAGAAGCUAAACGACAACGAGUGGCACACGGUGAAGGUGGUGCGAAGAGGCAAGAGCCUGCAGCUGUCUGUGGAUAACGUCACAGUGGAAGGCCAGAUGACUGGUGCCCACACGCGUCUCGAGUUCCACAACAUAGAGACAGGCAUCAUGACCGAGCGCCGCUUCAUAUCCGUGGUGCCCUCAAACUUCAUUGGCCACCUCCAGGGCUUGACCUUCAAUGGGCUGCCAUAUCUAGACCAGUGUAAAAAUGGGGACAUCUCCUACUGCGAGCUGAACGCCCGCUUCGGCAUGCGCCACAUCAUCGCCGAUCCGGUGACGUUUCGAAUGAAAGGCAGCUACUUAGCAUUAGCCACGUUACAAGCUUAUGCCUCCAUGCACCUCUUCUUUCAGUUCAAAACCACCACGCCCGACGGCCUGAUGCUCUUCAAUUCUGGGGACGGCAGCGACUUCAUCGUUGUGGAACUGGUGAAGGGUUACGUCCACUACGUCUUUGAUCUGGGCAACGGGCCGUCGCUGAUGAAGGGCAACUCAGACAAGCCGCUCAAUGACAACCAGUGGCACAACGUGGUGGUGUCCCGGGAUGCCAACAACGUACAUACGCUCAAGAUCGACUCACGCACCGUUACUCAGCACUCCAAUGGAGCCCGCAACCUGGACCUCAAAGGGGAGCUGUACAUCGGUGGCGUGACAAAGAACAUGUACAGCAAUCUGCCCAAGCUGAUUGCGUCCCGGGACGGGUACCAGGGCUGUCUGGCCUCCGUGGAUCUGAAUGGGAGACUCCCCGACCUGAUCGCAGAUGCCCUCCACAGGGUGGGUCAGGUGGAACGAGGCUGCGAUGGACCCAGUACCACCUGUACGGAGGAGUCCUGCUACCAUCAGGGGGUGUGUCUCCAGCAGUGGGAGGGCUUCACCUGCGACUGCACCAUGACGUCCUAUGGUGGCUCAUUCUGCAAUGACCCUGGGACAACUUACAUCUUCGGGAGAGGCGGAGCCCUCAUCACAUAUACCUGGCCACCCAAUGACCGGCCGAGCACACGGGCAGACCGGCUGGCAGUGGGCUUCAGCACGCAGCUGAAGGAGGCCGUUCUGGUCAGGGUAGAGAGCGCCAAGGGACUGGGAGAUUACCUGGAGCUGCACAUAGAACGGGGAAAGAUCGGCGUGAUCUUCAACGUGGGAACGGACGACAUAACCAUCGAGGAGAGCGCGGUGAUGGUGAGCGACGGCAAAUACCAUGUGGUGCGAUUCACACGCAGUGGUGGCAACGCCACACUACAGGUGGACAACCAGCCCGUCAUCGAACGUUUCCCCUCAGGGAACUUUGAUAAUGAGCGCCUGGCUAUUGCUAGACAAAGAAUCCCAUACCGACUCGGUCGGGUAGUUGACGAGUGGCUACUCGACAAAGGUCGCCAGCUGACCAUCUUCAACAGCCAGGCAUUCAUCAAAAUCGGUGGCGGUGGAGAGACGGGGCGUCACUUCCAGGGCCAGAUCUCAGGUCUGUACUACAACGGCCUGCAGGUUCUCAAACUGGCAGCUGAGGGUGACCCCAAUGUCCAGACCCAGGGUAACCUGCGGCUGGUGGGUGACGUGCCCUCGGUGCUCACCACUGACACCACCUCCACCACCCCGCUGGCUGACAUGUCCACCACAAUCAUGGAGACAACCACCACCAUGGCCACAACCACCACCCGCAAACAGCGCUCGCCCACCAUGAGGGACAGUGUGACACAGAAUGCGGAUGACCUUUUGGUUGCAUCAGCUGAGUGUCCUAGCGAUGACGAAGAUUUGGAGGAGUGUGAGCCUGGAAAUGGAGGUGAAUUAGUGUUGCCCAUAAUAACAGUGGACUCCCUAGACCCCCCGUCCAUCGCCACCCGCUACCCAGUAAUCCCCCCGCCCCCCACCACUUACCACCCUUUCCUCACCCUGCUCGAAACCACCAAAGAGUCCCUCCCCUUGCCCAACGGCCGGCCCCCAUGCCCCCUGGACCAGGAGGACUGCGAGGAGACCAUCGAGGUGUCGGCGUACGGCUCGGGGGAGAUGACCGAGUCGGAUGACGAGGACUAUUACAAAAACUCCCCCCUGGUCACCGACAGGACUGUCCUCCCUCCUCCACCGGCCGCCGAGGGCGGUGUCCAGAACCCCCGAGACCGCCAUUUCUCCCGCUUUCCAAACUCCCACCGCCCACCUCUCUCCUCGACCCCCACGGCCAACCCCGACCAACUCAGCCCUCGCAUCAAGCCAGCCGCUGGCGGCAGCAGCAGUAGCAACAACAACAUCCCCGCUGGGAAAAUGAACACCCGGGACCAGGUGCUGCUGCCGCCGGCCCACCCCUCGUCAGACCCGGGCCACCGUAGAGUCCCAGGAAUAACCUACCCCCCAAAUUUCCCCCAUGUUCCCACUCCAGAUCCCACGUCUCCUGAGAGAGGACUCCCGGGCGCCGUUGAGGUGCAGCAGUCCAGCAGCACCACAGGAAUGGUGGUGGGCAUCGUUGCAGCCGCCGCCCUCUGCAUCCUCAUCUUGCUCUACGCCAUGUACAAGUACCGCAACCGCGACGAGGGCUCCUACCAAGUGGACCAGAGCCGCAACUAUAUCAGCAACUCAGCCACGCAGAGCAACGGAGCCCUGGUGAAGGAGAAACAGCCCAGCACUGCCAAGACAGUCACCAAGAACAAGAAGAACAAAGACAAAGAGUACUACGUCUGAGGGAGCGCCGCCGUGACACACAGAGACAGACAGCAGACGCACUUAGAGAAGGAAAGAGACAAGAGUGAGAAAGAGAGAGAGAGGGACGGGGGAAAGGCAGUAUAUGGAAAAUGGAAAACGGAACAGAGGCUAAUUCAUUCUAAAACUCAGUAUUGUCAGGUGAACACACAUGGUACCAAAUCCAGUCUAAUCAGAGGGAGGCAGAAAAAAGUUGCCAAGGUGACAUCACGGUUCUGUUCACACCCGUCGCCAUCGCUUUGAUUGAUUUGACUACUUAUUAAAUGUUGACCAUGGUGUGGAUUUAAGGAAAGGCUAUUACACCUCAUAUCUCAACAUAUACUGUGCCAACACCUGUGUACCAAAUGCUGAUAAACCAGUGAUUUAUGGGUUAGUAUAUGACAGGUUAUUUAAUGUCUUGAGUACUGUAGGAAAGCACCACCAUCAGUAUUUGUGUCAGGGUCUAUACUUCAUUCUGAGGCAAGCUCGUGGUGUAAGCCGUCACCUUAGACAGUAUCAACAUAAUAUUUUCCAACAAGGCUUGAAUUAGCAACUUGACAUGACUCUGUAAAGUCAAUAUACUGCCAGCUUACAGAAACACUGUGUCCAAUCCAGCUCUCCGACCUCUGUAGGCGCUCAACAUCUCUGACCCCCCACCCUCCCCACACACACACACACACGCACACACGCACACACGCACACACACGCGCACACACACACACACACACACGCACACACGCGCACACACACACGCACACACACACGCACACACACCGCUCGUCAGAUCUCUCUCUCUCUUCCUCUCAUUCGCUCGUGCACUCUGUUUCUCUCCUUGUCUCCGGUGCUCAGCAGCCGAUGCAACGUAAACUCUGCCGUGUUUCAAGCAUGUAGUAUUCAUUUACGAAAAAGAGAUAAAAACUGUUUUUCUUUCUGUGGAGUUUAAAAAACAAAAAAUAUGACGAUGAUUGAUGAUCAUAACAACGUUAAACGUAGCAACUAUGUGAGAUACCAACUGCUCCAACCUAAUGGAUGCUAACUUGUACGUUUAGACGCCAAACACUUGUUGAGGCCAAAAACCCCUUGGUCGUCCUUUUGUUCCAGCAGAUCUGUGUCAUGUGUCUCUGGGGCUCCAAGGUGCCCCCUAGUGGGCCAGCAGAGAAACUGUGUCACGUCCUUACAGUUACUAAUCACCGAAAAACAGAAAAAACCUCCAGCAAACAAGAUGAACUCUGUUCUAUAUAAUUAUAAAUAUAUGUAUAGACGUUGCAGAAACCUAUGGACCUAAAUCGUGAGCGAGUGGAAAAGUGAGAGUUUGCUGAUAAGACGCAGCGAAGAUGGACUUUAGGAUUUUUGACGUCAGAACAGUUUCACCGCCCAAACCCCUGCUUCCCCCCUAAACCCCCCUUCUCAUGAACAGGACGGCUGAUGCAAUGCCUUGCUGCAAGACUCAGUCACUUUGGUUUGCUCUUUUCUUUUUUCUUUUCUUUUUUUCUUCUUUUUUUAUUUGAUUCUUUUCUCUGGAGAAACGAGAGACAUUUUAGGAAAAAUUCAGAAUUCAUUCUUGCUGGAGUUCCACUGUGGAGAGAGAUACCUUGCAGCUGAAAAAAGCGACUGUGUCUUUCGCCCCCCUUUCUCUAGCCUGACUGGACUGAUGGCAGCCAAUGGGCAAAGCAAACUUUGUGGGAAGAGCACACACAUAAAAAGGUGAACGGCAGUUCCCCGGAAGAUGUACAACAGAACUCUAGUAUUCCAAUUUUCUCAACUCUAUUAAAAAAAAGAAAACUGUACCAUGAAAAGAAAAGAAAAAUCCUGAAAAAAGUUUGUGAAAUGUCUAAAUAUUUGACUCUCAUCCCAUUACUAAGAGAAAUGUGUUUUCCCUACUAUCAUUCCUGUUUGGAGAAAAAAAUGUCUACGAUUCUGGGAAACUGAAAUUUCUAUGUAUUUUCUUUUGGUAAUUGAGCAAAUGAAACUACACAUGCUCCUUUUCCAGGGGAGAAUAGUUCCUCUCCUUUUAUUCCAUCUGUCAUCCUCAAUCUAUUUUUUGUCCUGCAUCUACUCCUUGUUCUCUAUAUGGCAGAUUGUAUGUCCUCAUACCCUGUGGACAAAGCAGGCUCUACCCAUCCUCCAUCUUUUUUCUUUUUUUUUUAUUUGUUUUAUAUCUAUUUCUGUCUACUUGGCUAGAGACAAGAUGGCAGCCAUUUCAUUUGACAGGCUCCAUCCAUUCACCUUGCUGCCACGUUUGUCUGGUUUCUCUCUUUCUCCAUUCCAAGCAUACUCCUCCCAGUAUCUUCCUGUUCUUUCUAAAUGUUAUUGUAAAAGUGUUCCAGUGAGAUGACUCUAAAUAUGUGUACAUUAACAGAGGGAAUACACUUGGUUAUAUACUUCUUA